CGGGCGGGGGCCGCCCCCUUCAUUCCGCCGCAGAGCUGCGAGAGAGAGGUCGCGGAGCUCACACCAUAGCGAGGCGCCAUGUCUGGCCGUGGCAAGAGCGGCGGUAAGGCCCGAGCUAAGGCCAAGUCCCGUUCUUCCCGGGCCGGGCUGCAGUUCCCCGUCGGGCGCGUCCACCGGCUGCUGCGGCGCGGGCACUACGCGGAGCGGGUCGGGGCCGGCGCGCCCGUGUACCUGGCUGCCGUGCUGGAGUACCUGACGGCCGAGAUCCUGGAGUUGGCCGGCAACGCGGCCCGCGACAACAAGAAGACGCGCAUCAUCCCCCGGCACCUGCAGCUGGCGGUGCGCAACGACGAGGAGCUCAACAAGCUGCUGGGCGGCGUCACCAUCGCGCAGGGCGGCGUCCUGCCCAACAUCCAGGCCGUGCUGCUGCCCAAGAAGACGGGCGGCGGCAGCGCGGGCCCCGCCAAGGCUGGCAAGAAGGGCAGCGGGCAGCAGUCCCAGGAGUACUAGGCCGGCCGGCCGGCCGGCCCCCCCCGCACCACACAAAGGCCCUUUUCAGGGCCACCCCCCCAUUGCUCACCGGGAGAGCUGCGAUCCGGGGGGUGGGACGGGGAGCCGCGGCUCUGUCCCGCCGGGGGGGCGGUGCCGUGCCCCGCUCCGCCCGCCGGGCCUGGCAGGGGGCAGGGGGCGAGCGCCGGUGCGUGCAGCCCUCCCGGCCGCUGGCCGGCGCUGCGCAGCUCGCGGCCUCCGAAGAACGGGCCCGGGUGGGUCCGGAAAGCGUUGGCAGCUGACACGUGUGUGCUAUGUCAGCCGGAGUAACGGCAAGAAACGCUCCUACCCCAGUUCGGUCACGAAACCUGUAAAUAGGAGGUGCUCCGUAAAGACACUUAUUCUUGGGUGCUUACUUUGGCUGUAUUUAUCUGCUGUUGCAUUCAGUGGACAGUACAUAGAGAAUAAACCAUGCUUUGUUUCCAGAACAGGA